CCUAGCUAUUAAAAAUCUGUAUUUAGAAUUUAUGACUUCGUCACGCGACUCUGGUCAUCUAUGGGGACUAACAUAAACCAUUGCUAUCAAAGUCACAAAUCAUAAAUGCUCUGACAAAAGUUUCAGCCGCACAUCCCCGCAUCACGCUAAGCACGACUGACUGACUGACUUGGUUUUUCAAGCCGGACUUCGAUCUCAACCGACAGCUUUUGGUCAACCUCUGCCUGUAUUGUCAUCAUGUCUCCUGUUACCGCCUGCCUGAUGGCCCUGCUGACGGUGGGGUUCCUCGUGGCCAAGCACGACGCCUCGGUGCUCCAAGAGGUACAAGCUGACGCCUCGGCGGUGGAAGAACGUGGCACGAGUGUGUCCGAUAAGAUAAAGCAGUUGACCAAAAGUCUUGAGACGUGUGCAAACAACGAAGACGUGGACUGCUUCUUGGCGUACUGCGACGAUGAUAUCCGAAUGAUGCGUAUGGAUGCCCCAACAGACAUUGGCAAAACAGCGGCCCGAAAACACAUGUGGUGGAUUGAGCUGGAUGUCGACGUUACCUACACUGUGAAGGAGAUCAUACCUACAGACGGAUCUUACGUUGUGGAAUGGAUUGAGAUCUCCAUGAUACACCCCAACGGAACUAGUGUCUAUGACGGAAAGGGAGUGAAUGUUUGGAAGAAGGUCAACGACGAUUACAAGAUCUACAUCGACAUCACUAAUAGCAACUAACACAGCACAAAUUUAAA